AUGGUCCUCCACGGCCUCCUCCCAAAACCCCUAGCCGCCAACGACGUUAUCGUCGGCCAGCUGCUCACACAUCCCCUGCACCCCGAGCGAGAUGGCUUCUACUCGCAGCAGGCGCACGAGGAAGUCGACGAGCUCAAUGACUACCACAUCCAGCUGCGCUACCGCGAUGUCUUCUCCGUCGACCAAGAAGGCCGCUUCAUGACCAACUACGGCGCCAAAUUCGAUCUCGGCAGGAUAUACAGACAGCCCAACCUCCUCACCGUCUGCGCCGAGCAGAUGAUACAGCGCACGAGCAUGCACCCGAGACGAGCGUUCGAGGCCGUGUGCAGCGACCCCGAGGCGCAGCAGUGGAUAUAUGAGCUGGCGAAGGAGCACAAGGACUUCUUCAUGGUGGUGGGCGUCACAGAGUUCAAGAAUGCCGUGUUCAAGCGCGCGAAGCUUCGGGAUGCAGGCGCUUCUAACCUGCUGAGCGAGAUGCCGCUCGAGAAAGGCGCCAAGGUCCCCCGCUCCAUUGCACGAAGAGACUCGACGCUCGGUGCACUGAGCACCGAGCCGCACAUUUCGGGCGUCUUUGGGAUGGAUAUCAGACGGUGCAUGGCACGGAUCACGACACCGGCGGAGCCUCACUCUCUGUCUGAUAUAGGAUAUCAUUGGGUCUACUACGAUGUCCCCGGGAGUACAAGCAAGGAGCAGCUGAUGAUCGGAUUGGGAGGUGCGCUGAAGGCAAACGAGCUGCGUCUGAUGCUGGACCUUAGCGAGGAGGAUGUCCAGACGAAUCUCGACGCCAUCAGCCAGCUGAGCCUGGACGCCUUGAGCGCGGCUGCGAGUCCCAUGCUCCGGCCCCAUUCGCCGGCUCUCAGGGGCAGGUCACCAUCUCCGCACCCGACUCUGAAAGCCCACUCUUGA